GCUCUGUGUGACAGCGGCAGGGCCCGAGGGAACUGCUGUGCCAGGGGAGAGGCAGCUGGGGGUUUGGAAUAGGCUCUUCAUACGGUAGUUGGACACCAGGACAGGCUGCGCAGGGCAGUAGUCACAACCCUGAGAGGCUGGAGUGUGGACAGACACAGGGUUUGAAUUUUAGGUGAUCAUAAAUAGAACAAGGAGUUGGAUUCGAUGACUCUUGUGCCUCCCUUCCAGCUCAGGACUUUGUCAGGAUAUAUGUAAAAUUGGCUGGAACCAAAGUCCACUUAUCAUCAAGUUUUUACUGGUAUCCAACACAAAUAAUGCUUCAGGGAAAAUGCAGUGUGCAAACGUGGCGUUGUGAAAAAUAUAAAGGAAACUUGUAAAGUAGUCCUGAUAUGAGGAGACACCUAAUUAUUUAGCACUGAUCUGAAUUAAAAGCUCACUGCUAAUAUAUUAAUAGAGAAAACUUUCUCCUUUUAACAGGUCUGCAUUUUUUAUGGUUUUAUUUCAAAAACCAUUUUCUUCUGGAAAAGUGGUAACCAAGCGUCAGUGGAUCAAAAUUUUUAAGCAUGCUGUUGUGGGAUGUAUCAUUUCACUCUUAUGGUUUUUUGGCCUAACUCUUUGUGGACCACUGAGAACACUGUUGCUGUUUGAACACAGUGAUGUGGUUGUGCUGUCACUCCUUAGUGUCUUGUUCACAAGCUCAGGUGGAGGACCAGCAAAGACAAGAGGUGCUGCAUUUUUCAUCAUCGCUGUCAUCUGCUUACUGCUUUUUGAUAAUGAUGACCUCAUGGCUAAAAUAGCAGAGCAUCCUGAGGGACAUCAUGACAGUGCUCUCACACAUGUUCUGUAUACAGUCAUUGCUUUCCUGGGUGUUGCCGAUCACAAGGGAGGAGUACUGCUUCUGGUACUGGCAUUGUGUUGUAAGGUUGGUUUUCACAUGGCUUCUCGAAAGCUUUCUGUCGAUGUAGGUGGAGCCAAACGUCUUCAAGCUUUAUCUCAUCUUGUUUCUGUACUUCUGUUGUGCCCAUGGGUCAUUGUCCUCUCUCUGACAACAGAGGUAAGAUAGGAAGCACAUUUUAGA